GGCAACCUCCAGAGGGAUGCCUCUCCUCUCCUCCACAGAGAUGGAAACGAGGAGGGAUCUGGCCAGGGCUUGAGGUCAGCGCGAGGGCUGCUGGGUGGGAGGCAGUAGAAGCGGCGGGAGAGCGGGGCAGGCAGCAUGGGCCCUUUGGCUUUCCUCCUGCCCCUGCUCUGCUUCGGCGGGGCCCUGAACGAGACGGGGCUGGAGCUGGGAGAGCUCGAGGAGGAGGAGGGCCCCGCCGCCUUCUUCCGCCCCUCGGAGCCGCACCCGGGGCUCUUUGCAGCGGCGUCCUCCGUGCCCUCCUUCCGAGGCCCCGGCAACGAGGACCGUCGGAGCGACGCAGAGCUGCCGGUGCUGCUGUGGUGGAGCGGGAGCCUCUUCCCGCACUUCCCGGGCGACACGCAGCGCAUCGACUGCGCGCGCGGAUCCUGCCUCAGCACCAAGCGGCGCCGGGCGCGAGGCCUGCGCCGGACGCGCGCGCUGCUCUUCUACGGGACGGACUUCCGGGCGUACGAGGCGCCGCUGCCCCGCGCGCCCCACCAGGCCUGGGCCCUCUUCCACGAGGAGUCGCCCAUGAACAACUACCUCCUCUCGCACGCCGCCGGCCUAGCCCUCUUCAACCACACCGCCACCUUCCGCCGAGAGUCCCACUACCCGCUCACCCUCCAGUGGCUGCCCGACCUCCACUACCUGCGCCGCCCGCCCGCCCUGGGCCUCCCGGAGAAGCAGCGCCUCCGCCAGGCCGGCCUCGCCCCGCUCCUCUACGUCCAGUCCCACUGCCACGUCCCCUCCGACCGAGACCGCUUCGCCCAGGAGCUCAUGAAGUACAUCCAGGUGGACUCUUAUGGUAAAUGCCUGAACAAUCGGGAGCUUCCCAGUAUGAGGCUGAGAGACACUUCUACAGCCACUACCGAGGACUCUGAAUUCAUGGCUCUUAUCUCUCAGUACAAGUUUCACUUGGCUAUGGAGAAUGCCAUAUGCCAAGAUUACAUGACAGAGAAACUGUGGCGGCCGAUGCACGUUGGAGCUGUCCCGGUCUAUCGAGGCUCACCUUCAGUACGAGACUGGAUGCCUGAUGACCAUUCCAUCAUUCUCAUUGAUGACUUUGGAAGCCCUAAAGAGCUAGCAGAAUAUAUUGACUUCUUGGAUAGGAAUCCAGAUGAGUACUUGAAAUAUUUAGAGUACAAGAGUCCAGGUGGUAUUAAAAACCAGUUCUUGCUGGAGACUAUGGCAAAGCGUGAAUGGGGAGUGAAUGACAUGACACUGCCUAAUUAUCUGAAUGGAUUUGAGUGCUUUGUCUGUGACAGGGAAAAUGCCAGACUUGAUGCAGAAAGAAACCAUAAGAGGACUAAAGGGAAACUGCCAGCUCCUGAACCUACGAUAGCUGAGUUCACACACAUGGGAUGCCCUCCACCUGCACCUGGAUAUGGAAACAUUGAGGACAUUCCUCCUGGAGACAGCUGGAAAGAAAUGUGGCUAGAAGAUUACUGGCAGGGUCUUGAUCAAGGUGAAGCCCUCACAGCUAUGAUUCACCACAACGAAUCAAAUCAAGACAGAUUUUGGGAUUACAUGCAUAAAAUAUUCAUGAAGCGAACUCAGCAAAACUGACUUUAUACCAGUUAAGUAUUUCCAAAUUAAUCAGAAAAAUGACAGCUAUUCUAAUCCACGUGAAGAUGAAAUGAUAGAAUCAAAGUUGGAAGAGACCUCAUGGGCUAUCCAGUCCAAACCCCAGCCAAUCAUGAUGAACAAAAUACACAGAAUCUUACUAGCACUGAAACCAGAGUUCUUGGAUAUCUUGGAAAGAAUCCUUUAUAUAGUCUUCUAAUUUUGAGACGACGUUUUUAAGGCUCAGAGUCCAAUUUUGUACCAGAUUUUGCUAUUGCAUCAUUUGCUAUUUUUUCAAAUGGUGAAACUCCAUUUUUGGGCCAAAGAAAAACAUUUAGUAUUUUGUCUUUUGAGCAAUGUUUUAUUAAGUAUUAUAUUUAUAUUUUUAUAAAACCACUUUAAACAGUGCCUAACAGACAUGGAAGACAUUUUAAAUAGUUCUCCUUUUCAUAAGUAUUCAACAUUGAUAUGUCAUAAACAGUGAAAACUGGUGCUAAUGCAAAUGAAAACAUUUCAAUAGAAUAAAAGAUUUUUCUGUCCCCAGAUGUGCAUUUUUUUCCAAUUCACAGUCUGGCCUUCUUAUUUUGUUCAUGCUUCCUACUAAUCAGUUGUUCUUUUAGGAAACACUGCGUGAACACCAAGCACAAAGUAGCUGCACGUAAUAACAUCCUGCAGAAACUUACUGGCAGUACAUGGGGUGCAGACCCAAACAUUUUAAGAACAUCAGCCCUGGCCUUGUCUUACUCAACUCCUGAGUAUGUCUGCCCUGUUUGGCACAAGUCUGUUCACGUGAAGCAGGUGAAUAUAGCACUGAACGAAGCAUGCAGAAUAAUCACAGGAUGUCUUAAACCUACAUAUGUUGAUACUCUACAAACUAGCUGGCAUUGCCCCUCGUGAUGUGCGAUGGGAAGUUGCUGCUAACUGGGAGAGAGAUAAGGUUGAAUACUGUGAAAGCCACCCAUUGCAUGGCUAUCAGCCCCCCCCCCCCCCAGCAGACUCAAAUCAAGGAAUAGCUUCAUGAGAACCACCACUCCUCUUCAUGUUCACCCAGCAACAGCAAGGGUAUCCCUGUGGGCAGCUAAACUAGGAAACCCCAUAUGGAUGCCCCCCCCCCGAGGGUUUUUCUCCAGGGGCAAACCAAGAAUGGGCAACUUGGAAGUCCCCGAAGAGACUCAGAAGUGGAGUGGACAGAUCAAAAGACAACCUGGCAAAAUGGCACUACCUAAAAGAAUCCUCCACCUGGUAUGACUGUGGAGGAGAACAAACAACUCCACAUCUGUGUGCUUGUCCACAGUGCUCUGCCUCAUGCACAGAGGAAGAACUGCAGUCACUGUUGCCUGUUUUUGGUCUAAAAUUUAGCCACUUGUGCUUCCUCUAUCAGUUUUAUACUUAUUUAUGCAAUGCUUUUGACAUGAAAUAAAUAAAAAGUUGUUCAGUAAAAUGGAUAA